AUGGUCCGCAACCUCGUUGUCUUCUCGGGCUCCUCCCACCCCCAGCUCACCGAAACCAUCUGCACCCACCUCGGCAUCCCCCCCUCACGCAUCCACCUCUCCAAAUUCAGCGUAGGCGAGACGCGCGUGGAAAUCGGCGACUCGGUGCGCGAAAAGGACGUCUUCAUCGUGCAGUCCGGCGGAGGGAAAGUCAACGACCACCUCAUGGAGCUCCUCAUCACCAUCCAAGCCUGCAAGACCGCUUCCGCGAAGAAGGUCACGGCGGUGCUGCCGCUUUUCCCGUACUCGAGACAGAGCGAUUUGCCGUAUAACAAGGUCGGGGCGCCGCUGGCGAGGAUGCCGGCGAAGGUCGGGAGUGGCGGAGAGAAGUAUACGUUUGAUUCGCGGCCGAGCACGCCUUUGCCGGAGGGGGAGGGCGGGGUGCACAGGAAGAUGAACGGGUUGGAUCUCUAUGAGGGUGGGAAGGGGAAGCGGAAGGAUACGCUGGAUAGUGUGCAGAGUGAGGGCUCUGCGGGGUCGUACUUUGAGCGGGAGGCGGAGGGGGAGGGCCAGCAGCAGCAGCAGCAGCAGCCCACGUCGGAGCCGGUGUCUGCGAUGACGUAUCCGACGACUUCGUCGAAUAGUGCGCAGGCGCCGCCGGAGUUUAAGCCGCAGAGGGGGUAUCGGCAGUGGGUGGCGCAGGCUGGGACGCUGGUGGCGGAUCUCUUGACCUGCGCGGGUGCGGACCAUAUCAUCACGAUGGAUCUGCACGACCCGCAGUACCAGGGCUUCUUCGACAUUCCCGUGGACAACCUCUACGGCCGCCACUUGCUGCGGAAGUACAUCCAGCACCAGAUCAUACCCAAACACGGCGGGACGGACGGGUGUGUGAUUGUCAGUCCAGAUGCGGGAGGGGCGAAGAGAGCGACGAAUAUCGCGGAUGCGUUGGGCAUGGACUUUGCGCUCAUCCACAAGGAACGCCGACCAACCCUAACCCACGACCGACAAAACGCCACCCUCCUCCUCGUCGGCAGCGUUGCCAACCGCACCGCCAUCCUCAUCGACGACCUGGCCGAUACCUCCAACACCAUCACGCGCGCCGCCAAACUGCUCAAACGGAGUGGUGCGAGCUACGUCUGCGCUUUGGUCACGCACGGCGUCUUUUCAGGGGAUGCUGUCGAUCGCAUCAACGCGAGCUGUUUGGACAAAGUGGUCGUGACGAACUCGGUGCCGCAAAGUGAGCAUUUGGCACGGUGUGGGAAGUUGGAGGUGCUGGAGGUGGGGAAUGUGUUUGCGGAGGCGAUUAGGCGGGUGCAUCAUGGGGAGAGUAUUAGUGUGUUGUUUCAGUAUGAUUGA